UCUCUCUCGCUCGCUCUCUCUCUCUCGCUCUCUCGCUCGCUCUCUAUCUCUCUCUCUCUCUCUCUCUCUCUGUGAAACGAAAUAAAGUUUACCUUUUUCUCUCCUCACGAAAGUUGGGUCUUUGUUCUUUCGGAAGAAGGGGCAAUGGCGUACGUUAGCAUGGGAGAAGCUCACCGGCGAAUCACGGAGUACUUGAAUCGCUUCUGCGACGCCGUUUCGUACCAAGAUCCCACUACCCUUGGCCGUCUGUUUUCUCUCUCUUCGAAUUCUGCUUCUCUUCUCUCCCUCGCCGACGCUCUCAAUGUUUUCCAGGAUGCUCACAGUGUAAUACAGCAAUCUGAUAAAUUCUCCCAAUACGGCGAGAUUCUGGUCCAUAUGUUCCGUUCUCUGCAAAGUUACAGGAUCGGGAACUUAGCUGAGGCAUAUCUCGCUUUCGAGAAAUCUGCCAAUGCAUUUGUUCAGGAGUUUCGGAAUUGGGAAUCUGCUUGGGCAUUGGAAGCUUUGUAUGUUGUUUGCUAUGAAAUUAGAGUUCUUGCUGAAAGGGCUGAUAAGGAAUUAACUUCCAUUGGAAAAUCUCCUGAGAAGUUGAAGGCAGCUGGGUCUUUCCUCAUGAAAGUUUUUGGAGUUCUCGCUGGGAAAGGUCCGAAAAGAGUUGGAGCAUUAUAUGUGACUUGCCAGUUGUUCAAGAUCUACUUCAAGCUUGGUACUGUUAAUCUUUGUCGAAGUGUAAUAAGAAGUAUUGAAACUGCUCGGAUAUUUGACUUUGAGGAGUUUCCAAGAAGAGAUAAGGUCACAUACAUGUAUUAUACCGGCAGAUUAGAAGUUUUCAAUGAAAAUUUUCCUGCUGCUGACACCAAGUUAUCAUAUGCAUUGCAACACUGCAACCCCAAUAGAGAGCGGAAUAUAAGGAUGGUAUUGAAGUAUCUGAUACCUGUGAAGCUCUCGUUAGGAAUCCUACCCAAAGAUGAGCUCUUGCAGAGUUAUAACCUGCAUGAGUAUGUGAAGAUUGUGCAAUCCCUAAGAAGAGGUGAUCUCAGGCUUCUUCGACGUGCUCUUCAAGAACAUGAACACCGGUUCUUGAGGUCAGGGGUCUACCUUGUCUUGGAAAAGCUGGAGCUCCAAGUUUACCAAAGGCUCAUGAAGAAAAUAUAUGCCAUUCAGAAACAGAAGGAACCAGCAAAAGCUCACCAGCUGAAGCUUGAAGUGAUUGCCAAAGCACUAAGAUGGCUAGAGAUGGACAUGGAUCUCGACGAGGUGGAGUGUAUAAUGACAAUAUUGAUAUACAAGAAUCUUGUGAAGGGAUAUUUGGCUCACAAGAGCAAAGUUGUGGUUCUAAGCAAACAGGAUCCUUUCCCUAAGCUAAACGGAAAGCCCGUUGGCUCAUAGCUUAUUACAUUUUUCACGGACAGCCAAAUAAAAUCUUGGUCUUGUAGAUUCUUUCUGUUGUAUCAAGAAACUCUGUUUUAACAUUUGCUUUUCUCUC